AGUGCACCCGGGCCGGCCGAGAGCCAGAGUGGGCGCCGGCCGGAGCCGCGGUGCUCUCGGAGCCCGGACGCGCGACCCGCCGCCGCUAUGGACGACCCCGAGCGCGGCUGGAGCCUGUCCUUCGCCGGCUGCGGCUUCCUGGGCUUCUACCACAUCGGAGUGACCCGCUGCCUGAGCGAGCGCGCCCCGCACCUCCUCCGCAACGCGCGCAGGUUCUUCGGCGCCUCGGCCGGGGCGCUGCACUGUGCCUUCUUCCUCUCUGGGGUCCCGCUGGAGCAGACAUUGCAGACCCUCGUGGACAUUGUCCAGAGCGCCAGGAGUCGGAACAUUGGCAUCCUCCACCCGGCCUUCAAUAUGAGCAAGCACGUCCGAGAUGGUCUCCAGAGAUACCUCCCAGACAACGUGCACCAGAUCCUCUCGGGCAAAAUUGUCAUCUCGCUCACCAGAGUGGCCGAUGGAGAAAAUGUGCUGGUGUCUGAUUUUCGGUCCAAAGACGAAGUCGUGGACGCCUUGCUUUGUUCCUCCUUCGUGCCUUUCAUCAGUGGCUUGAUCCCCCCUUCCUUCAGAGGCGUGCGAUACGUAGAUGGAGCAGUGAGUAACACCAUACCCUGCUUUGAUACCAAAACGACCAUCACCAUUUCCCCCUUCUAUGGAGAGAGCGACAUCUGCCCCAAAGUCAAGUCCACGAACUUUCUUCACGUGGACGUCACCAUGCUCAGUCUACGCCUCUGCUCAGAGAACGUCUACCUAUUAGCCCGGGUGCUGUUCCCUGCGGAUCUCAAGGUGCUUGGAGAGCUAUGCUUUCGAGGAUAUUUAGACGCGGUCAGGUUCUUGGAAGAGAAUGGCAUCUGUGACAGGCCCCCUCUGUGCCUGAGUGCAUCCUCAGCAGAGUUGGAAGUCCUCGAGGCCCCCUGGGAGCACGGGAGCCUGCAGUCUUCCCCGGGCAUGGCCGCUGGGGAGGCGGGGCCUGAGGAAGACAAGCUGCUCGAUCACCGGCACCUCAGCAUCCUGCCCUGGGACGAGAGCAUCCUGGAGACCCUGUCGCCCAAGCUCACCAUAGCCCUGAGGGAAGCAAUUAGAAACCAAGAUGGGUACAUAAGCAAGAUGUGCAACUUCUUACCAAUUAAGGUCAUGUCGUUCGCGGUGCUGCCCUGCACGCUGCCCGUGGAGUCUGCGAUUGCUGCGGUCCAGAGACUGGUGAUGUGGCUUCCAGACAUGCCCAAGGACAUCCAGUGGCUGUGGUGGGCGACCUCCCGGCUUUGCUCUCGAGUGGUGAUGCGUCUUUUCCCUGUGGAGCCCUACGUCAAGGACACAGGACAAAACCUCUGGAAUUAACCAAGCCCCCAUAGCAGCUGUUGCCAUGGGCUCUCCUAAUCUAAACCAGACAGCCCCGCGACUCCAUAGUAGGUAAAAUAUUCACCAUGUAGCAACCUUGUAGCACCCUGACCAAUCGCCUGAUGCCAUCCUGCCAGCAGGAACUUUCUUUGUCUUGAGGCUAUAGAAGUUGGCCACUAACCCACAAAGGGGGUCGGCUCUCCCUGGUCUGUCAGGAAGUGGGCCCGCUGUAUUUGCAGCACCCCUCACUAACUCUGCUCUUUAUUCUCAGUAAACUCACUCUUUUCCAAGAUACUUCGUGUCUGGAAAUUCUUCUUCCAACCCACAUACGGACCACGACAGUUUGGUGGCCUGGACGGGGAUGUCUCCUGGGGGGAUCUCCUCCCCCACCUCCUCGCCUCAUUCCUUGGGCCCCUCUGUGAACAGGCAAGCUGCCCGGGAAGCAACGGAGGAACUCUGGCCAGGGCCACAUCCUGGUGUGUUCCGAAGGCUCCACGGCUACUUCGCCCCGGUAACUGCCGCCCAGAACGGGUGAGGGUCCCUCUGUCUUCCUUCCGACUGAGGACUAGGCCGAUGGGUAUCGUGUGGGCACGGGUCAGGCAUUUAAAAGCCAUUAGGGCGCCUGCCGCUUGAAGACUCCCGUGAAAGGAUGAGGGGGUCACGGACAGACCAGGCUGUUAGAGCAUCUGUCCCCAGCAAGACGACUUCCACGCACCGUGAGACACGUAUUGGUUCAAGCAGAACGCUGAGCCCCCUCCCCUGGCUGCCGCCUUCCCGGCAGGACUACAAGGCCGAUUCCUCGGCCUCUCUUCUCUGUUACUUUCACCUUUUUCUCGGUCUGGAUUGAUUUACAGGGGCCUAGGCGUUGCCUCUGAGCUGUCCCCGGAGUGCCUUUCACGUUUCAGAGCAUUGCCAAGAGGGGAGUCACCUGGUGGGUCCUGGGAAUCUCUCUCUCUUUCCUUUCUUUCUCUGCCCGAGUCACCAGGUGCCUUAGUCACACGCUCAGGGGUCACCUCUCAAGGUCGGACGCGAUGGUUGGGACGGUCGGCCCAUUUUGUGCCUUAGUCGCACGGAGAGGUCACUGGGACAAAGGGGACGUCUCUCUGUCAGCCGGUGGCUCUCAGGACCCCCAUUCUGUGGCAUACAGGCUAAGAAUGGGUUCUGGUACGUCUCGGGAGCCUCCCUCAGUCUCACCCCUCGGCUGUAUCCUCAGGAACUGGAAAAAAUUUGACCCUGAAAAUCUCAAAAAGAGGAGGCUCAUUUUCUUUCGCAACACGGCUUGGCCCCACUGUAAACUGGGGGACCGAGAACAGUGGCCUCCUGAUGGCACACUAAAUUAUAACACGAUCCUCCAACUUGAGCUCUUUUGCCGGAAACAAGGAAAGGACUCAGAGGUUCCUUACGUCCAGACCUUUACGGCCCGUAGUCAGAAUCCGGAUCUGAGGGACUCACACCGCAUGUGUCUUUCUGUUGCCGCCUUAUCCCCCCGACCCCCUCUGCCUCCCUCUCCAUCAGAUCUCCUAGGUGACCCUCCACUCGACCUCUCCUGUCCCCCACCCCAUGAACCCUCACUGCUUCAGCCCCUGCACCCACCUCAGCACAGCUCCCCAGGAGCUACCCCCUUAUCAGGGCGCAAGCCCGCCUCCCCUCCCCGCACAAGAUGCAGGACUGCCCAGCGCCAGGAAACAGAUUCUAAUAUGCUUCCCUUAAGGGAAGUGGCAAAUGGAGACCUGGGCACUAUUAGAGUCCAUGUUUCCUUUCCCGUGUCUGACAUCUCCCAAAUUCAAAACAAGUUAGGUUUCUUCAGUCACGAUGGCCACAAUAGUCUUUAGAGUCUGGAGAAAAUUGGUUAAGAUUAAAAUUUUUUGAAAUUGCAAAACCAGUUCUUUAUGCAUAUGCAAUUAGAGAAAGCUAGCUUGUUGAAAUAUCUUUUUCAGAAUUCUGACCCUGAGAGAACAAAAAUAUGCCUAGGAGAAAGCUUGAAGUUAACUCUUAUCAUGUCCUUGAGCUACAAACACAGCCCACUUUGCCUGAGACUUCAGCCUUGGGUUAAUUAGUAGAACUUCAAGCCAAGAAAAAAAAAAGGAGGCAAAGAGACAUUUUAAACCUCAAGUGGAAACUAUGAGAUCCCUGACUGUCUGGAUAUCUGUGUAUGUCUCAGUAUGUGUCUGUGUCCUUGGAUAAUAUUGCUGAGGUUAAUUUGUAAAUGAGCUCCAUUUAAUUGGCUGAAAAGAAAAGUAAGUGCUUACAAAUCAAACAAUUCUAAAUACAAGAAAAAUUAAGCUAAAUAAAUUUCAGAUUCACGUGAACUGGGGAAUAUUCAAUAUUAAAUUAAUACCUGGUAUUAAUGUUUAAGUUCAUUGAUCUAGUUAAUAUAGACAUGUCUUUAGAGCGAUCAAGAUUAAGUAUAAUACUUUUAUUGUGCCUAGGUUUACUAUAAAGUAAAUAAGAUCUUAUUAUAACUGUCACAAAUUUGUCAGCAAUGAAAAUAAUUCAAUGUGAAGAAACUUUUAAGAAAAGAAAAUACAGGGGACUUCCCUGGUGGUGCAGUGGUUAAGAAUCUGCCUGCCAGUGCAGGGGACACGGGUUCGAGCCCUGGUCCGGGAAGAUCCCACAUGCCACAGAGCAGCUACGCCCGUGUGUCACAACUACUGAGCCUGCAAGCCACAACUACGGAGCCCACGUGCCACAACUACUGAAGCCCGCACACCUAGAGCCUGUGCUCCGCAACAAGAGAAGCCACCGCAAUGAGAAGCCUGCGCACCGCAACGAAGAGUAGCCCCCGCUCGCCGCAACUGGAGAAAGCCCACGUGCAGCAACGAAGACCCAACACGGCCAAAUAA